CAUGCCAACGAUAUUAUAAAAUAAUAAAACAGAGUUACGAUCAACCAAAUUUUACAUCGAGAAAAAGCGAGCAAGGAGCUGCAAACGAGGUCAAGGAAGAAGGCAUCAAUGGUAGAGUCACCAUUCAAGCCAGAGAUACUAAGAGGGAAGGUAGCUUUAUUGACAGGAGGUGGGUCAGGAAUCGGGUAUGAGAUAUCUCUACAGCUUGGCAAACAUGGAGCAUCUAUUGCCAUCAUGGGUCGACGUAAACAUGUUGUUGACUCUGCUGUUUCCUCUCUUAACUCGCUUGGAAUUCCUGCAAUAGGAUUCGAGGGAGAUGUUCGCAAGAGAGAAGAUGCAAUAAGAGUCGUGGAAUCUACUUUCAAGCAUUUUGGUAGGCUUGACAUUCUUGUAAAUGCUGCAGCUGGCAAUUUUCUUGUUCCUUCCGAGGAUUUAUCCUCCAAUGGAUUCAGGACAGUAAUGGAUAUAGACUCUGUUGGCACUUUCACAAUGUGCCAUGAAGCACUCAAGUAUCUAAAGAAAGGGGGACUUGGGAAGGAUCCAUCUACAACUGGCGGAACAAUUAUAAACAUAAGUGCGACUCUGCAUUAUACAGCAACAUGGUAUCAAAUCCAUGUAUCUGCUGCUAAGGCAGCAGUUGAUAGCAUUACAAGAAACUUGGCAUUGGAGUGGGGAACAGAUUAUGAUAUCAGAGUUAAUGGGAUUGCUCCAGGUCCUAUUGGAGACACUGCAGGCAUGAGUAAACUUGGACUCGAAGGGAUAUUGAGCAAAGCUAUGGAGAAGAUGCCUCUGUUUAAAGUGGGAGAGAAAUGGGAUAUAGCCAUGGCUGCUGUCUAUCUUGCAUCUGAUGCAGGAAAAUAUGUCAAUGGAACAACAUUGGUUGUUGAUGGAGGUGAAUGGCUGAGCAAACCUCGUCAUUUUCCCAAAGACGCAGUGAAGCAACUGUCCCGAGUGGUGGAGAAGAGGUCCAGACACGCACCGGCUGGAAUAGCUCGGAGCAAGCUAUAACUCCCAUCAGAUAACAGGGAAUUCAACUGGAUUUCGUGCCAGAAGAUUUAUUCUAUCAGAUCACAAAUUAUGCGCAGUCGCUACUUCCUAUAAAUGAAAUAAUUCUGUUUUAAGAAAUCAAAGCAUGAAUAAUACAGAAUUUCAGACUGGUUUAGAAA